CAACUUGACCAUAUUUAGCAGGCUGCUGGCGAAGGAAGCCCCGCACACUUCAUCUGUCAGCCCGGCGCCUCCAAACUCUCCUUUUCACGGAUACUUUACACACUUGACCGCUACAUUUCUGUUUUCUUCUGGACUUACAACCGGGCUGCGAGCUCCCAAGACGCCGCCAUUGAGGAAACAACUUUUGUAUGUUUGUUUGAGUAUUUGAAAGUAGCGAGCUAGCCGGCUAACGUUAGCCGAAGCUAACACGACAUAGUCUUUUUAAAAGGGAUGAAAAAUUCACGUUAAAAGCUUCACUUCCGCUCGGUUCGGACGCACUCUGAUGGCCUCCUGACAGCAGCUCUCGUCCGGACUGGACACUUUUUCACCCCCGCUUCCCUUCGGAAGCCUCGCUAGCUCGCUGGCUAGUUUAGCUUCACCGAGAGGCGCCGCCUUCGCUUGCUAACUCGCCGGGUCAAGUGACGCCAGCUCGGGACACGUCGGCGUGUCAACAACACCCGCCUGGAGAGGGGAGGGGAGGGGAGGGAGGCCUGCAGGCUGACAGCUCCCGGGCGAGGCCACUCGACGGGGGGGAGAGCCGAGGGAGACACCGGGCUGAAGGGAGGAGGAGGACCGGACGUUUGGCAACUGUGAUCCGGGAAGUAAUCCGGGCUGCGACCUCAUGAAUGGAAAUCGGAACUACAGGAGCCGUUGGGGCCCAGUCCCUGUUCGCCAUGCCUCGGCGGCCUGGCUAUGGCACCAUGGGCAAGCCCAUCAAGCUGCUGGCCAAUUGCUUCCAGGUGGAGAUCCCCAAGAUGGAUGUCUACCUUUACGAGGUGGACAUCAAGCCUGACAAAUGCCCUCGACGAGUUAACAGGGAGGUGGUGGACUCCAUGGUGCAGCACUUUAAGGUGACCAUCUUUGGGGAUCGCAGGCCGGUCUACGAUGGCAAGAGGAGUCUGUACACAGCCAACCCUCUGCCUGUGGCACCUACAGGGGUGGACCUGGAUGUCACUCUGCCAGGUGAGGGGGGCAAAGACCGACCCUUCAAAGUUUCCAUCAAGUUUGUGUCCCUGGUCAGCUGGCACAUGCUCCACGAGGUGCUGACCGGCCGCAGCGUGUCCGAGCCCCUGGAACUAGACAAGCCCAUCAGCACCAACCCUGUGCAUGCUGUAGACGUGGUGCUGAGACACCUGCCGUCCAUGAAGUACACACCAGUGGGCCGCUCCUUCUUCUCAGCUCCAGAAGGCUACGAUCACCCCCUUGGUGGAGGAAGGGAGGUGUGGUUCGGCUUUCACCAGUCCGUGCGCCCCGCCAUGUGGAAGAUGAUGCUCAAUAUCGACGUGUCCGCCACCGCCUUCUACAAGGCGCAGCCUGUCAUCCAGUUCAUGUGUGAAGUGCUGGACAUCCACAACAUUGACGAGCAGCCCCGCCCUCUCACUGACUCGCACCGGGUCAAAUUCACCAAAGAAAUCAAAGGUUUGAAAGUGGAGGUGACGCACUGUGGAACCAUGCGGAGGAAGUACCGUGUCUGCAACGUGACCCGCAGACCGGCCAGCCAUCAAACGUUCCCUCUCCAGUUGGAAAACGGUCAGACUGUUGAGCGUACCGUAGCCCAGUACUUCAGGGAGAAGUACAGCCUGCAGCUCAAGUACCCGCAUCUUCCCUGUCUGCAGGUGGGCCAGGAGCAGAAGCACACCUACCUCCCCCUAGAGGUGUGUAACAUUGUAGCCGGUCAGCGAUGUAUCAAGAAGCUGACAGAUAAUCAGACCUCCACCAUGAUCAAGGCCACAGCUCGUUCGGCGCCCGACAGACAGGAAGAGAUCAGCAGGCUGGUGCGAAGUGCCAACUACGACGCCGACCCUUUCGUCCAAGAGUUCCAGUUCAAAGUGCGCGACGAGAUGGCCCACGUGACGGGGCGAGUGCUACCCGCCCCCAUGCUGCAAUACGGCGGCAGGGUGAGCACAGAGCACUUUAUGAAUCGCACCGUGGCCACGCCAAGUCACGGCGUGUGGGACAUGAGGGGCAAGCAGUUCCACACCGGGGUGGAGAUCAAGAUGUGGGCCAUCGCCUGCUUCGCCACGCAGAGGCAAUGUCGAGAGGAGAUCCUCAAGGGUUUCACAGACCAGCUCCGUAAGAUCUCCAAGGAUGCUGGCAUGCCCAUCCAGGGCCAGCCGUGCUUCUGCAAGUACGCCCAGGGGGCGGACAGCGUGGAGCCCAUGUUCAGACACCUGAAGAACACCUACGCUGGACUGCAGCUCAUCAUCGUCAUCCUGCCGGGGAAAACACCCGUCUACGCGGAGGUGAAGCGUGUGGGCGACACGCUGCUGGGCAUGGCCACGCAGUGUGUCCAGGUGAAGAACGUGGUGAAGACAUCCCCUCAGACCCUCUCCAACCUCUGCCUCAAGAUCAACGUGAAGCUGGGAGGCAUCAACAACAUCCUGGUGCCGCACCAACGACCGUCAGUGUUUCAGCAGCCAGUCAUCUUCUUGGGAGCAGACGUUACACAUCCACCUGCUGGAGAUGGAAAGAAGCCCUCGAUUGCAGCAGUGGUUGGCAGCAUGGACGCCCACCCCAGCAGGUACUGUGCCACCGUGCGGGUGCAGAGGCCGAGGCAAGAGGUGAUCCAGGAUCUGGCCUCCAUGGUGCGUGAGCUGCUUAUCCAGUUCUACAAGUCCACACGUUACAAGCCCACCAGGAUCAUCUUCUACAGGGAUGGAGUGUCUGAAGGCCAGUUCAGACAGGUAGGUUCCCAGGUGCUGUAUUAUGAGCUGCUGGCCAUCCGUGAGGCCUGUAUCAGCCUGGAGAAGGAGUACCAGCCAGGCAUCACCUACAUUGUUGUGCAAAAACGCCACCACACACGCCUCUUCUGCGCCGACCGCAACGAGCGAGUUGGCCGCAGCGGAAACAUUCCAGCUGGUACGACCGUGGAUACAGACAUUACGCAUCCUUACGAGUUUGACUUUUACCUCUGCAGCCACGCUGGAAUACAGGGCACCAGUCGGCCUUCCCACUACCAUGUGCUGUGGGAUGACAAUUGUUUCACAGCCGACGAGUUCCAGCUGCUCACAUACCAGUUGUGCCACACCUACGUGCGCUGUACCCGCUCGGUGUCCAUCCCCGCGCCUGCCUACUACGCCCACCUGGUGGCCUUCCGCGCCCGCUAUCACCUGGUGGACAAAGAACACGACAGCGCUGAGGGCAGCCAUGUGUCCGGUCAGAGUAACGGUCGAGACCCGCAAGCGCUGGCCAAAGCUGUUCAGAUUCACCACGACACCCUGAGGACCAUGUACUUCGCCUGAGCUGCAAGACCCUCCCUUGACCAUUUCCAUCCUCCACACACACACACACACACACACAAUCACACACGGCCAUUCGAGGAUGGCUUGGCAAGUAACCCCCCGCCCCAUAUACACACACACACACACACACACACACACACAUGCCUAGUCAAUCCGGACCCGACACUGUGCAGAGGGAAGCAGGAAGGAGGCACCCCCACACUGGAUUGAGGAUGCAAACGCUGCUUUAACAAAACAAGCAAACAAAACUCAGCACUAAUAUGCAAUAUCAACCGGCCAACUAGUUUAUUUCCAUCCUAUUGGACUCCAGUUUCUUUUACCUCCAUUUCCUGCCUUUUUUUUUUAACCCCCGCCCCCAAAUAUUCCACCAAUCUGCUCCCUUACCAUCCACAGCACCUCAAGACAGAUCAAGCAGCAGCACUUUUACAUUCUGUCAUUUUUUUUGUUUGUUUCGCUUUUUGCGUUUUGUUUGUUUUUAAACGAGGGAGCAGUACAGAAAGGGUCGACUCACAUUUUGACGAUUAUGAUUUCACGGCGUCACUCAUCCCUCCUCAUUCCUUUUUGCCCCCAUCUUAUUUAGUCACUUUCCAGGUGUAAAAUAACCAGUUCUUUGAGCACACUGCCACCUGCUGGCUACGAGGUAUCGCGCCCUCCCUAAUGUUGGCCGCCAGGAGAAAGAUGAUGCCUUGAAAGGGUUUUAACGGAAGAUAUCAGCUGUCACACUUUAUAUCGUCUGAUAUAUCAAUCACAGCCAUCUCUUUUUAAUUUAAAGUAUAACACUGUUUUGUUUUUUUUAUCCUGGAUGUUAUUUUUCUGCUUUUGUUGUCUCGUGCAUCAUGUGAAACUUUGAAGAUAUUCGUAUACGGAUACAUUGUUACCUUUUUUAAACGACCAUGCGCUAUAUGUUAGGUUUUUGGAGGUGGAGCAAGAGAUCUUGUCGGUGUUCUCCACUUGUGCAAUAACGGGCUAAAGGAAAGGAAGACAAAAUAAUACACAUUUCAUUCGGAAGUGAGCGGUCUUGUACGGAGCGAGCUUUGCAGACUGUUCGGCACUUUUUUUUUUCUGUUUGAGCAGCGUGUCUGUGGUCUUUGUUUUGCCCCGGCAGUCGGGCACACGCGGUAAAACAAAUGUAGUUUUAAUGAUGUUCCAUAUUCUUGACUUGAAGGAUUGAUAUGCUCCUGUGUGGUGUGCGAGUACGUGCUUGUGGUGGUCAUGGUCGCUGUGCAUCAUGUUGGAACUCCUGAUCGGGGGUUUGCCAAUGAGCGCUGAUUUCCCCUGAAUUCCUACAAGUUGUUUUGGACCUGUUUGCAGCAAAGGCCAUAAAGGGGGGAAGGGAGUAUUUAAGUGCCUGGUGGAAUUUAAGCGUUUAGCGGUGGGUUAUCACGCUAUGCCGAGUCGAGUAGGGUGAAAUAAUGAAAAGGCGUAUUUGAACAAGAGAGUUUCACCCAAUGCCUCUUAUUCUUCUCGACAAACUGACUUUUCUACACAACUCAUGGGAAUCCUGACAUGGGAGUGUGUAUUUAUGGUGUUUGCCUUGUUCACCAGUGUUAGCUGUUAGCUUUGCUUGGACACAGCAGUCAAAAGCAAAGCUGGUCUGUUUUUUGUUCCUUUCUUGCUUAUCAGUAAUAAUCAUAGCCUGAGUUGCUAACCUAAUCCUAGCGGGCCAGGGUCACGGUCUUGGGGUUGGGCCACGUAGCUGGCCCAAAAUAAACCGAGAUUGGCUUCGGAAAACAAAGCUGAAGAGUCAAGUGGCUGACGUGUUGUUCUCAGUUUCUAGCCCCUAAAUCUAUCAAAUACGUUUCUGGAAUGCGGUCGCCACUCGGCUGCUCCGUGCUGCUGAUAAUCUGAAGCUUUUGGGGGUGGGCGGGUGUUCCUUUACAAAGUUAACUGCACUAAAAGAAGCAUGUGUUCUGGUUCCGAAUACAGGCGUGGUGCUACUACAACCGAUUGUAGAAUCUGAGACUGAGUUUUUCUUGUGAGCAGGUUAGGAAAGCUAAGGGCGCCUCCCAUUACCCUGGUUGGCUGCCACUACUGUUGCGUCGGACCAGUUCUUCCUCCAAGGGAAUCUAAGU